AUGUUGCGCUGGCAUUGGUGCCUCUUCCUCGUGUGGAUUGCGACAUUGUCGCCUGUGAUUAGCCAAGAAGAGGAUGAGAUGCCGGAUGACCAAGACAUUUCAGAAGAGGCCAUGAGUCCGGAGCAGUUGCGGGCCUUACACGCCAAGUUUGACCAGAACGGAGAUGGCAAGGUAUCCCUCUCCGAGGUCUUGGAUUUUGCGCGCCACAUGAGCAAAGCGAUCGCGGGCAAAGAUGUCUCUGCCAUACUGGAGGAGAUUGAUACUGACAAGGAUGGAAAACUCUCCUUGCAGGAACAUCUCAAUGAUUUGCAUCAACAGGCUGAUGGCGGAGAUGAGGCAGAGAUGAAAGAGCUGGAAAGCCGAAAAGUGGUUGAGACGGCCAAAUUCAAAGCUGCAGAUGUAGACAAAGACCAAGUCUUGAGUGCUCAUGAAGUGGCCUCGCUUUUCUAUCCAGAGACUAAUCCAGCAGUUUUGGAGGUUGUCGUGCAGGACACCAUGAAAAUGAAGGACAAAGAUGGAGAUGGAGUCCUUAGCGCCAAAGAAUUCUGGGAGUUUGGUGAGGAGGAUGGUGAGGAGCAGCUGUCAGAAGAAGAAAUGCAAGACUUUCAGAAGCUGGACAAGGAUGGAAAUGGCGUCUUGAAUAUGGAGGAAUUGCGAGCAUGGGAGUCAGGGCUGUUCCACACAGAGGCUGCAAUGAUCAAGCUGAUUCAGAUCGCAGACAAGGAUGGAGACAUGCAGGCGACUGCAGAAGAGCUGGAGAAUGCUCGGGAGGAGCUUGCAAACAGUGAUGCUCAGUAUCACCUCAUCGAGUGGGCGGAGCACCAUGAGCUGAGCAAACGAUCAGCCUUGCCAGAAGUCCAAAGUGACUUGAUUGACAUGGACUAUGACUCUCCAGUGCCCCAAUAUCCAGAUUUUGUGGGCGAAGCUCAGCCAGGCCUGGAGGAGCAGCGCGCCACUCCCAUCGCACGCGCCAAAGCAGCACUUCUCAGGGCUUUGGCAACUCCAUGGCCCAGACGUGGUAUCACCGUACUCGUUGUGUGUCAUGGAGCUUCGCAUGACUACGUGACAGAGGCGUUGGACCUUCUGAGUGCAGGGAGUGGCAGGGACUGGCAGGGAGCCGGACAGGCACUGGCACCCGGUUCGGUUCGAUUGGAUCGACAGGUGCCCUUUUGCGUGGACCACGUUGCUAUAACGACAUUGCUUCGGCAACCCGAUGGAUUGUUUACACUCUACGGCUUCAACGAGAAGGUCCCUCGACUUCUUGCGUCUGCUUGGCAGCGCACCUUUCGCUGGCGACUACAGCCGGGCGAAAUGUUGCUCUUCAACUACAAGAUCAAUUUGUUUAAAGAAGAACAUGGUGAUUUGACUUCUCAGGAGAAGAUAUUGCUGACCAACAUGAAGCGCACAGUGAAGUUGUUUCAGAAUAUCACUGGUGAUGCAUCAGAAGUUGAAAUGUGGGACGACAACAGUUGCCUCACUGCACUCAAGGAGCUGCAUAUGAAGGAGGGUCUUCCGCUAGCUUUUGCCUUCAAGACAGAGGUGGUCGGAAUGAUUAGGUCCGACCUUUGUCGCCUGGUGAUGCUGUACAACAGUGGCGGCUAUUACUUUGACACAGAUCUUGCCCCAUUAGCUGCGCUACAAAGGGCAUUAGACCCUCGAGCCACUUUUGUGACGGUCAGGACGUCAGAGCGAAGUCUCAGCGGCGGUGGUUUUUUCCAAGCUUUCCUGGCUACUGCACCCAAACACCCUGUGAUCAGGAGGUCUUUAAAGAACUUCAAGAUCUGGUACGACAAGUAUUGGAUACCCGGACAGGAUCAGAAUGAUUUUCGCAUGAAAACUGCCCGUGGAAAUAUCGGCUGUGCUCUGUUGCAGAGGUCUUUCCAAGAGUGGUCUGCAAGCACGAGUAAAAGCCCCUUGCUUCUCCAUCAGAGCGGGCACGUGUCGCAGUUCUUUGACGAAUGGCAGUUCAAGGUGCGAGGUUCAGGCAUCACCCCGAAAGAGCCGGACGAGUUCUCAUCGAGUCUAUGUGACUGGGGUGCCGUUGACAGUCGUACACAUACCAUGGUGGCGGUCUCAAGGGUUUACAGCAGAAAGGACCGCUGGCUCUGCGAAGUUUCAAGUUGGCUCGGAAUCGGUCUGGCUUGA